UUUCUAACAGACUAAGUCCUCUACUUUUUCACUUUUACAGAUUUAGCUGAUCCACUCCUUUGUUUCUAAAACGCCAAUAUUCGGUGCUUUUCUCCUACUGACACAGUUUCCUUCACCUAUUUUUAUUGCUCUCACUUUAUGUUCUUUUCUUCCUUCUCUAAGCCCAACGUUUUUCUUUUCUUUUCGUCCAUUUUUAUUUUAAGAUGAUGUUCUGUUUAAGGAUUCCUCUCAGGAGAUACAAUGUAGUUCCUAGGACAACGAUUUCACUUGUUUGGUCUUCUUUACUUGUUUCCUUUUUCUUGAUUUCUGUAAAUAAUAAGCUUAAACUAACAUUUACUAGAUAAACAAAGUUUAAUUGAUGUAAUGAUUCCGUUAAAUUUUAAUCAUAAAGGAAUCAUAUUAUCAAAAGAAAUUGUUGAGUCUAUCUAUAAAAGUAUUUAUGAUGAAAUUGAAUUAUUAAAUGGAUUUACACAAUAUUCAAUUGAACAAAUCGAAUGUUUCAUUACAUUAGAAGAAUUUGUUAACGAAAAACUUGUUUUAGUCAAAGAUACAUUACAAUCCAUGAUUUACGAGCAAAUUGAAAAUGAAAUCAAAAAAAUAUAUGAUUCAGAAUUACCAGAUCUAUAUUCAUGUCGAAUACAUUUUGUUUUAAAUAAUUUGACGAUUAUUAAAAAUAUUCAAGAAAAAUUCAAUCAAGAAAAUCAAUGGACAUCUAUCGGAAUCAGGAAAUUAGAUUUUAAAAAAUUCAUCACGGAUACAACUUUGAAAGAGAUUAAUGAAGAAUUAUUGAAAAAAAAUAGAGAUAAUAUCAUGUUUAAUUUCUAUAAAUUCUUGGCAAGAUUUGAUUUUUUAUUAAUUCAAAUAACAAAGAGAGAAUUUAAUGAUUCGAACAAAAAUUCAAUUUGA